UAGGGCUUAGCCGCGACGAUGCCGGGGGCGGGGCUCACAGGGAAAGAGCGGGCGACCGUCACAGGGGUCGACGGGCAGCGCACGGCCAGCCAGGGGGUUGACGGCGGCAGGGGGACUGGCCGGGCCAGCUGGGUGCACGGCGUGCCGGCGCCAUGACAGAGCAGACCUACUGUGACCGCCUGGUCUAGGACAUGCCUUUCCUCACAGGCCUUGGGCGCCUGAGUGAGCAGCAGGUGGACAGGAUUAUCCUCCAGCUGAACCGCUACUACCCCCAGAUCCUCAGCAACAAGGAUGCGGAAAAGUUCCGGAACCCCAAGGUACCUCUGCGAGUACGUCUCUGCGACCUCUUGGGCCGCCUGCAGCGGAGCGGUGAGCGGGACUGCCAGGAGUUCUACCGGGACCUGUACAUCCAUGCCCAGCCCCUGCACAGCUGCCUGCCCAGCCGGCACACCCUGCAGAACUCAGAUUGCACAGAGCUAGACUCGGGCACCGCAGGCCGUGAGCUCAGUGACAGGGGACCCGUGGCCUUCCUGACCUGUCUCGGCCUGGCCGCAGGGCUGGCACUCCUCGUCUACUGCUGCCCCCCCCGGUGGGUGCUGCCUGGCCAAGCCUCAGCCCAGUCCUCUCCAGACCAUGGGGCAGAGCCCUGCCGGAUGGACGGAGGCCUACACCUGAGGCCCCCUACUUGUGGCCCAGCGUGGCAGCCCUGCGGUUCCUUUCCUGCCAUGCUGACCUUGUCAAGGUCCUGUGUGGGGAGCCAGUGGCAAGCAGGCCCACUCGGCAUGGGGACCCCACAUCACUCAGGUGUGGGGCUAGCGAUGCCAUGAGGCUGAGAGAAGGCGCCUUCUCGAUGGGUUCUGAGACCCCCUUGUCUUCCAGACCCCAAGGUGCUGCCAGGGGCCCGGCGUGUCCUGGGCUUCUCCCCUGUCAUCGUCGACAGGCACGUCAGCCGCUUCCUGCUGACCUUCCUCACAGAUGACCUGGGGGGGCUCUGACCAAUCCCAGCCCUGCCCGCCUGGCUGCUUGCUGCCCUGGGGCUGGCUGGCUUUUCUAAGUGUUUACGUUUCACUGUUUAUAACUUAUGUAACAAGCACUUUACCUUCACUGUACAGAGGUGCUCAACAAUAUUAAACGUUUGAGUCUUAUCCCUUC